AUGAAUGAGGGGGAGGAGGCAACUUUACUAGCGGUUGCAUUGGCUGGUGAAGAAACCUACUGGCUCUGUCAACCGGUUCACGGGAAACGACUUCCGCCUGAGUGGAAGCACUGCAUCUGCCACUGGCUUUAUAUUGUAGAUGAUGCCGACAUACGUGCCCAUUUCCCUUGGUAUACGGACAACCUGGGCGUCGUGCUAGAACUUGGUGUAACCGAAACGUCAAAGGUUGAGCGUUUUGCGGUGAUAUCUGAUUCAGUGAGAGCCAGGAAAAUUGUUAGUUGUCAAGGAGGGGAUGCAAAGACUUAUUUUAUUCUCGGAAAUGAAGAACGGGAUGUACUAGAUGUCAAAUUUGAGGAUCUCCUGAAGCGUGAGUCGACCGUUUCCACGAGCAAAGCUCCUGUAGAUAGAGUUGACGAGAAACCACUAGAAGAAAUGCGACCUGUUGUUUCUAGCUCUGUUUCAGAGGGAAGAAAUGGCGUUCGAGGAGGGAAUAGCGUGGUUUUUACAUGGGAUAGCUUUUACAUUGUAGAAUAUGGAAAUCGCGUCUUCUACGUGUGUUCGGCUCCGCAUGGUAAUAAGCAUGGAUUUAAAGUAGAAAGACUCAUUCGCAAGGGAAUAACUAUAUUUUUAUUGUUUCAAGAUGACUGUGCCGGCCCGUGUAGAGUGAGUGACCAGCAAGAAGGGGAAAGGGCCACGGUGAGUUCUGUCCUGGAAGGAGAAAGAGGUAAGGUGAUGGUUUUGAUGACGGAGGGGCGUGAGGUUGUUCCGGGGAGGAGUAGAGGGGAAUCAUUGGAGUGCUCUGAGUUUGAGCCCCCAACAAGGGCUGCGAGGAUGGAGAAUCCAAGAGUGAAUUGCCUUCACUGGCGGCCUCUGAGGGCAGCUGGUGUUAAUUUGUGGGUGGAUUUUAAGGGCACAGCAGAAGCGGUGAUGAAUCUGGCAGAAUCGUUCCCUUUUUCAGCUGAGUUCGGAGGCUCGGUACGCACAACGGUUUUUUCCGAUGGAACUUGUGUGACGUACAAUCUAGCCACAGCUUCAAAGUUUGCCGGGAAAAAGAAAGCUGCCGCCACAUCGACAGAUUGCGACAUGGUGGGGCUUCUGGAGAAUAUCCAGUUGGCGAAGGAACAGUUUCACUCCAUCUGA